AUGGAGGGCGGCGUGCGGGCGGGCGCGCGGCUGGGCCGGGCGCUGGAGGCCCUCCUGGAGGAGGCCGGGCCCCACCGGGAGGCGCUGCACGCUGCGCUGAGCGCUCGCCGGCCCGGGGCCCUCCUGCCCUUCGCCCUGCUCCGCAAACUGCUCCCGCGCCUCCGGGCCCCAGGCUCCCCACUGUACCUUCACGAGCUCCUGGAAGGCAGCGAGAUUUACUUCCCCGAAGUUGUGAAGCCCCCCCGGAACCCGGAACUGGUGGCCCGGCUUGAACGGAUCAAAGCGCGGCUCGCCAAUGAGGAGUAUAGGCGGAUUACCCAGAAUGUCUCUUGCCAGGGCCCGAGACAGACUGGGACUCUGGUGGACGUAGGGAGGCAAGUGAGGUCGGUGAAAGCCGUGGUUAUCACCGUCUUCAACUUCAUCGUCACGGUGGCGGCCGCGUUUACUUGCACCUACCUGGGAAGCCAGUACGUCUUCACAGAAAUGGCGGCGAGGGUGCUGGCCGCGGUGAUCGUGGCUUCCGUGGUGGGCCUGGCCGAGCUGUACGUCAUGGUGCGGGCCGUGGAGGGCGAGCUGGGAGCGCUCUAGCGAAGAUCCUGCUGCCCAGAGCGCAUUUCCGGGUCGUCGGAUUUGGGACCCUUGGGUCCGGUGCCGGUCCCGGAGUUCCCUCCUCUUGCCAGCAGAGCCCCGACUCCCUGGAGGCUCGAAUCUGGGCUGUCCAAUGCCGCUGAGGUCAGUGGGAGAGGUAGGACCACAGCCCGCUUCACCGUCCUGCGGGGCAGCCUCCCGUCAAGACAAGCGUUACAGGGAGCGUAUUCUCACUGAGAGAGAAUCGCUGCUGUCCCCAUCCCCAACCGUCUUUUCCUCCCCACAGUUGUCUCUGGCGCGCGCACGCGCGCGCACUCUCUCUCUCCCUCCCUCUCCCCCUCCGCCGGUCGAUGCUCCUGUGGGAUCUGAGGAUGGGCGGCGGGACCCAACCCCCGAGUCUGACUCAGAGAGAUAUGACCCCGUCCCUCCCUCGGCCGGCUCCCGUCCCCGAGUCCCGCGAGUUUUCAGGAUCUAGGUUCCUUUUGGAAAAGGGAGCCGGGCACCUUUCACUUCCCUCCCCUUUCAUUCCACCCUGCCCUCCUCGGCCUCUGUAAAGACGAAAAGAAAAUCACAGAGCUAUAAAGUUUUAUAUGAGCGUGA